AUGCAUUUCUUCUUGCAGGUCAUUGCGGAGAGCCUAUCUGAGGAAGAAAUUGCUGGCCUGAAAGAAAUGUUCAAGAUGAUGGACACAGACAACAGUGGUCAAAUUACUUUCGAAGAACUCAAAGCCGGAUUAAAGAAAGUUGGUGCUAAUCUUAAGGAGUCUGAAAUUUAUGAUCUAAUGCAAGCAGCAGAUGUUGAUAACAGUGGAACAAUCGAUUAUGCGGAGUUCAUAGCUGCAACAGUGCAUCUAAACAAGGUUGAGAGAGAAGACCAUCUGUUUUCAGCUUUCUCCUACUUUGAUAAGGACGGAAGUGGUUAUAUCACCCCAGACGAACUUCAACAAGCCUGUGAGGAAUUUGGCAUAAAGGAAGCUCACCUAGAAGAAAUGAUUCGAGAAAUUGACCAGGACAAUGAUGGGAAAAUCGAUUACAAUGAAUUUGUAUUCAUGAUGCAAAAAGGAAAUCCAAGUGUAGGUGGUAAAAAAGACGUAGAGGAUAGUUUCAACAUUGAUUUAUGCAGGCACUAA